AUGUCAGGUUCUAAUGUGGAUGAGAUACCACAAGGAACUUUAUCUACUACCGAUCCAAUAGUUUCACAGGUUGCAACUUUGCCUUCGUUGACAAAUGAAUCCACUAUGAUAUCGACUACAGGUGCAUUGGUGACGUCUAUCCCUUUGCCUCCACCGGGAAGCCCAGGGUCAACAAUGACGACAACUAUCCCUUUCAGGCCUAACAUACCCCGUUUUGGCACUGCUAAUCCUCUUCAUGGAAUUCCGAAUAAUCAGAAUAGAGUAGUGUCAUUGUCGAAUACUUCAAUAGCGGUGCUUAGGCAACAAAUGGAUUAUAGUAACCAUGAGUUAGUUAAUAUGUUAGCUAAUCAAAUGGGUACUGUACCUCAGGUGAAUAGACAAAAUGUAGCGGCUCAGGCAGAGUUAGAUGUGGUAGAAGAGGAAACAUUACAUCAAGAGCAGAAUCCUAGACCUCAACAAAACCAAGGUGUCGGGUUGGGGCAUCAACCAGUGACUGAAUUACCCAGAGGAAUGAAGGUGCCUAAAUAUACUAAGUUUGGGGGAGAAUCUGGCGAAUCGACAAUAGAACAUAUCACUAGAUAUUUAAUUGAGUCAGGGGAUUUGGCUCACAAUGAGAAUUUAAGAAUUAGUUUGGCAGAGUUGUCAGGCAUUAAGAGAAGGUUUGCUGAAAGCAUUGAUGACUAUUUAAAUAGAUUUCGGUCAUUAAAAGCUAGGUGUUUAACGCAAGUGCCAGAGCACGAACUUGUUCAGAUGGCUACUGGGGGUUUAGAUUAUUCCAUUAGGAAGAAAAUAGAUCCAACUUUUGUAAAGAAUCCCAUUUAUGAGGCUGAUUAUGCCUCGCCGACAGAAGUCAAAGUCGAUGUGGCUGAAAUGAAGCCAGGAUCUGCAUAUGAGUGUCGGUCGUUAUUACCUGCACAAGGGAAAAAUCCCGUCGAAAACAACCCAAAAUUUCCUUCAAAAACCUAUACUUUUGAUGUCACAAAGUGUGAAGAAAUUUUUGAUGUGUUAGUUAAAGAUGGUCAAAUGGGAUCUUGUUCAGAAAUCAAUCCAAGAAGGAAGGCUGAAGUUUGUUGGUCGCAAGAUGAAGAUCGACGCGGAUCCUCUUCACUAGGAAGAAGCUUUGUUCGUUGA